AUGGCGCCGCAAGAGCCGCUUCUCGCGAGCGAGGUGCAACCCGCAGGCGAUAUGUCUGGAAGGAGACCCUCUGAACCGCUCACGCUCUCGGGCAGCCUUUCGGCAUCCUUCGUGUCGGGGCGAAGCGCAAGCACCCCCAGGCGCAAAGCUGGGAUCUGGAACAUGGCGCGGAGGACGCUGGGGAUCAGUCUCUUACUCGUUACUGUCUUACUUUGGACAGUAUCAAACUUUCUUGCAAGCUAUAUAUUUUCGGACCAUACAUACGACAAACCUUUCUUCCUGGUGUACAUAAACACGUCCAUUUUCGCGAUCUCGAUGAUACCCCUCUCCAUCAAGCACAUAUUACAGAACGGCGGCUUCGCGCAGACUAAGAGCAUCGCGCUGCGGGCAUGGCGGGAAGGAUACAACGGGGCGGAGAGGCUGAAGACCCAGGAGGAAGAGGAGGACUUGACGGCGGGGGAGCGGCUACUAGUGGACGACGAGGGAAGCCUCGAGGCCUUCGACCUCCCGCCGAAACAGGUCAACAAGCUGCCGUUCCGCGACACCGCCAAGCUGAGCCUCGAGUUCUGCAUGAUCUGGUUUCUGGGGAACUACUUCGCGUCGGCGUGUCUGGAGUACACGAGCGUGGGGAGCGUGACGAUCCUGACGUCGACGAGCAGCGUCUGGACGCUGAUUUUUUGUGCCGUCAUGAAGAUCGAGCCCUUCAGCGUGCGCAAGCUGGUCGGGGUGCUGGCGUCGCUCGCGGGCAUCGUCUUGAUCUCGAUGGUGGACCUGUCGGGCGCCGACAACGACGGGGACCGCGGCAACUUCCCGCACAAGAGCCAGGCGCAGAUCGCCAUCGGCGACGCCAUGGCCUUCUUCAGCGCCGUGGUCUACGGGAUCUACGUCGUGGUCAUGAAGGUGCGCGUCGGCAACGAGGAGCGCGUCAACAUGCCCCUAUUCUUCGGGCUCGUGGGCGUCUUCAACCUCGUUCUGCUGUGGCCCCUGUUUCCCAUUCUGCAUUAUACGGGGAUCGAGCCGUUCGAACUGCCGCCGACUGGCAAGAUCUGGUCUAUCAUCCUGCUUAAUUCGAUAUCCUCCUUCAUCUCCGACAUAUCAUGGGCGUACGCCAUGCUGCUGACCACACCACUCGUGGUCACAGUCGGGCUGUCGCUGACCAUCCCACUAUCGCUCAUCGGCGAGAUGAUACAAUACGCGCAGUACUCGAGCUUCGUGUACUGGAUAGGCGCCGGCAUAGUCUUGCUCUCGUUCAUAUUUAUCAACCGCGAAAGUCAGGACGAUGAAGACAGAGCGAAAGUCGGUUCGGAGGGCGGACCUCGCAUAUCGGAGGCGUAG